AGGAUUAGUAAUACAGUCUCAUACUCAAAGUGUUACUUUGAAGUUUUCCACCUUUUUGUGUUUAUCUAAGUAAAGAAUUCAAGCUUUUGAGUUCACAUGCUCUUAAAUGUGUGUGUGAAAAAGUUAAAUACUGUGCAUUUAUGCAGCAGUCAAUCAAAGAUAAGCACUCCAGACUGAAAUGAAAACUCUCCAACUGAGCGCCAUGUCUCUGUUGUGUUGGUUUCACUCAUUGUGGAAUCUUGGGGGACCCUUUAUCAGUGCUGAGCAGCUUUCUGGAGGCCCCCCCCCCACCUGUAGUUCCUCAGUUGGUCUUUUGUGUGAAGGAAUGUGGGGAGGACUAACACUGACAGAGAUAAACACAGAGGGAUGGAGGCCUCGUCGGUGAACCAGCACGAUAUCUAUUAAUCUCGACUCAAUCCUCUGCUGUGAGAUGGUCGGUGUUGAGAAUAUGGUACUGAGAUUGUUGUCACUGAUGGAUCUGAAAAGAAUGUCAGGGUAACCUGUGGUUCCUAUGCAUUCAGGAAAACUAUGAAAACAUAUGGAAUUUUAUUUAGAUUAUUUUCUAGGUCUCGUAAAAGGAGUAUGGAAAAAGAAAAGACAAAAAAAGUAUUUCUUUUACCCUGUCCUGUUGGUCUAAAAGUUCCAUCCAUCCAUCCAUCCAUCCAUCCAUCCAGUUUUCAAGCGCCUAAAAUGCUGUUUGAACCAUACAGGCCUAAAACUCUGUUCGUGAGAGUCCUGACAGUUCUAACAGAUGUAUGUCUCCUAUUCUUCUUUUUGCAGAGUACAAAAAAAAACUUUUAAUGGAGUCCCGGUAGAGAAAUCAAGAUGAACACGUUACCAUCAAUGGACCGGCAUAUCCAGCAGACCAACGACAGGCUGCAGUGCAUCAAACAGCACUUACAGAACCCGGCCAACUUCCACUCGGCUGCCACAGAGCUGCUUGACUGGUGUGGAGAUCCCCGGGCCUUCCAGCGACCUUUCGAGCAAAGUCUCAUGGGAUGUCUGACGGUGGUGAGCCGUGUUGCUGCUCAGCAAGGGUUUGACUUGGACCUGGGCUACAGGUUGCUCGCUGUGUGCGCCGCCAACCGGGACAAAUUCACUCCUAAGUCUGCAGAAACCAGCACCUGCAGGAGAUGUCAGAGUGACUCAGCUCUGCUGUCGUCGUGGUGCGAGGAGCUGGGCCGUCUCCUCCUGCUGCGUCACCAGAAGAACAGGCAGAACGAACCACAGGGAAAAGUCCCCAUGCAGCCCAGCAUGAACAGCAUGAAGCCCAGCCUCACACACAGUGAUGGAUCCUUUCCUUAUGACUCUGUCCCCUGGCAACAAAACACCAACCAGCCCCCAGGGUCACUGUCUGUGGUUACAACAGUGUGGGGUGUGACUAAUACGUCACAGAGUCAGGUGCUGUGUAAUCCUAUGGCGAACAGCAACAACCACAUGAACCCUGGGGGAAACCACAUGGGAUCGGGUAUGUCUGCCAGUGCAGCGGGGCUCAGUUCACCUCAGUUUAGCGCUCAGCAGCAGCAGUUCCCAAACAAAGGAGGGUCCGGCCAGACGUAUAUGCAGCAGGGCAUGUAUGGCAGGCCCAGCUACCCUGGUGGUCCUGGGGGAUACAGUGGAAGUUACUCUGGAGGCCCAAAUGCCCCUCCUGGGGGUAUGGGCAUGACCGCCCACACACGCCCCCCUGGUGACUUCACUCCACCAGCUGCCGCUGCUGCAGCUGCAGCCGUUGCUGCUGCAGCUGCCACAGCCACGGCCACAGCUACUGCCACAGUAGCGGCUCUGCAGGAAACACAGAAUAAAGAGAUAAACCAGUACGGACAGAUGUGCCCGUCGUUCCAAAUGGGCCCUGCACCAGCCUACAACAGCCAGUUCAUGAACCAGCCGGGCCCACGGGGACCCCCUGGAGGUAUGAAUCCAGCCGCCAUGGGCUCAGCCAUGAACAACCCCAAUAUGAGUGGUCCUCCAAUGGGCAUGAGCCAGGCUCGAACGCCAGGCAUUGGACAUUUUGGAGGCCCCAGCCAGAGGAUGCCUCAGCAAGGUUACCCUGGUGGGCCACGACAGGCCAUUCCCAUGCAGGGGAUGAAGAGGCCAUAUCCUGGGGAGGGGAGUUAUGGGGGUCCGCAGUACGGGCCAAACAGCCAGUUCCAGCCUCAGCAGGGACAGUACACCUCAUCAAACGCCCCUAGGCCACUGCCUUCCCCUAACUACCCCAGCCAGAGGAUGCCAGUGCAGCAGGGCCAAGGACAGUACCCCCCUGGUAUGCCCAUGGGCCAGUACUACAAGCAAGAGCCCUUCAAUGGUCAGAACACUAGCUUCACUGGAGGCGGAUACUCCUAUAACCAAGGCAAUGGGCCCCCCAGGCCUGGGAACUACCCCCACUCUCCAGUCCCUGGAAACCCAACCCCUCCCAUGACCCCAGGAAGCAGUAUUCCUCCUUAUCUGUCACCAAACCAGGAUGUGAAACCCCAGUUUCCACCUGACAUGAAACCAAAUAUGACAGCACUUCCGCCCCCUCCAGGCAACCCAAACGAAGAGCUGCGGCUGACGUUCCCAGUCAGGGACGGGGUGGUGCUGGAACCGUUCCGCCUGGAACACAACCUGGCUGUCAGUAACCACGUCUUCCAUUUGCGACCCUCCGUCCACCAGACACUCAUGUGGAGGUCAGACCUUGAACUCCAGUUCAAGUGCUACCACCACGAAGACAGGCAGAUGAACACCAACUGGCCAGCCUCGGUUCAGGUCAGCGUCAACGCCACGCCGCUCACCAUCGAGAGGGGCGACAACAAAACCUCCCACAAGGCACUGCACCUGAAGCACGUUUGCCAGCCGGGGAGGAACACCAUCCAGAUCACGGUCACCGCCUGCUGUUGCUCCCACCUGUUUGUGCUACAGCUGGUCCACAGGCCAUCUGUACGCUCCGUCCUCCAGGGGCUUCUGAAGAAGAGGCUCCUUCCUGCAGAACACUGCAUCACCAAGAUUAAGAGGAACUUCAGCAGCGUAGCAGCAUCGGCAGGCAACACCACUCUCAACGGAGAGGACGGCGUGGAGCAAACGGCCAUCAAAGUAUCGCUGAAAUGUCCUAUUACCUUUCGACGCAUCCAGCUCCCCGCACGGGGGCACGACUGCAAACAUGUGCAGUGUUUCGAUUUGGAGUCCUACUUGCAGCUCAACUGUGAGAGGGGGACAUGGAGGUGUCCUGUGUGCAAUAAAACAGCAUUAUUAGAAGGUCUGGAGGUCGACCAGUAUAUGUGGGGUAUCCUUAAUGCCAUCCAAAAUUCAGAUUUCGAGGAGGUCACUAUAGACCCCACAUGUAGCUGGAGACCAGUUCCCAUCAAGUCUGAGCUGCACAUCAAGGAGGAUCCAGAUGGACCGCUGGCGAAGCGCUUUAAGACAAUGAGCCCGAGUCAGAUGACCAUGCCCAACGUCAUGGAAAUGAUCGCUCAGUUGGGGCCUGGUCCAGGACACGGACCAGGACCUGGGCCAGGUCCAGGUCCAAGUUCCUACCCCCCUCACCCUGGACUGCAUCCCAGCGGCAAUGGGGGAGAUUACCCUGGAGCAGGCAACAGCUACCACAAUCAAGGUAGCUUCGACUUCCCUAACGGGAACCCAUCUGGUGGUGGUGGUGUUGGAGGAGGAGGUGGUCCUCCUAUGAAUGAUUUCAUCCAUGGCCCACAGCUCUCUCACCCACCUGAUGGACCUGGUGGUCUUCUCCCCCACGACAAGCCCCUUAGCCACGGCAUGAACGAUUCAAUGUCCCAUUCAGAUCAGUCCCAUAACCCCAUGCAGCCGAGCAUGCAUGCGUCUCCCCAUGCUGGCAGCCAUUCAGGGCCGCCCUUACAUCACAGUGGCCAGUCAGGGCAGCCCUUGCAUCACAGUGGCCAAUCAUCGCAGCCGCCUCGCCAGCCUCAGCCGCAGCCUCAGCACCCUGGGCAGAACAGUCACCCCCAUGGUGAUCUGAGCUUUAACCCCUCCUCAGACACGCAGAUGGCUCAGGGAGCCCAGGACAUGCCCGAACCCUCCCUGGAUCUACUUCCAGAGUUAGCCAAUCCGGAAGAGUUACUCUCCUACCUGGACCCUCCCGACCUCCCCGCCAACAGCAACGACGACCUACUCUCCCUUUUCGAGAACAACUAGCCCCACCUCUUCCUGUGAACACUUGGAGCACCUACCUGUUGCCGUGCACGCAGACUCGCUCCAACUGUUUUUGUGUUGAUGACAGAUGUGUGGCACAGGAGCACGGCUCUGAAGGAAGAAAGACAUCAACACUUGAUCCCCGCACUCCCUCCUUUUUACUCGUCUUGUGUAAAGAUUCCACACACCAGUUCCACCUCCUCGGGCUCCACAAUUCGUAGCCAUGUUGGUGGGCACUAAAUUGAAAUGAAAUAUUUAUACAUUGUGUACACAUACAGUAUAUGUGUAUAUCUAUAUAUCUAUAGAUAUACAGAUAUAUAUAUAUCUAUAUAUAAAUUACUUUUCAACUGAAAACUGUGCAGCUAUAAUCAUAAAUGACAACAAGGAUGAGACACGAGCCUUGUGUUGUAGCUUUCCUUUUUCAUUUUUUACAUUAUUUUUGACAAAAGAGGUGGAGAGGGAAAAGCCAUUGUGUCGUAAAAGUGUUUUUUUAAUCCCAAAUUAAAUUUGUUCUUCCAAUUCUUCGACACACGCCACCCCAGACUUCCCAAUGUGUGUGUGUGUGUGACAGCUGAAUAACUCAUCCGAAUCAGAGCACUGAUAUCCAUGUCUGCAGUGGAAGUGAGCGCAUGUUGUGCAGCGUUGCGUGUUUGUCUGUAUACAGGUGCAUGUCAGUAAAUUAAAAUCACUUUGAAAAUGUAAUUUAUUACUGUAAUUUUAAUUAGCAAAGGGAAGCCUUUUUCAGCUUUUUGCUAUUAUUGUCACCAAAAGGUAAUUUCAUAUGGAGCAAAUAAAAUAGAAUUCAAGUGUACAACAUAAUCACAUCUACCCUUGCUUGACCCAGUCCACUUACUAGUAUAAAGAAAAAACUCUAACAGACCUUUUUUAAAAGCGAUCAUAUUUAAGUUUAAAUGUAGUUCUGAAAAACCACAAAAGUAUCAAAUUCUGCAAGGAUAAUCCACCAAGUUUCUUCUUGAUUUCUAAACUUGUUCUUGUGCUGACCAAAGCGAACCAGCCUAUCUUAUGAAGAAACACAUAAACAUCUCAUUUAUUACAUGGAAUCAUUCAACUCAGAGUGAAAUAGUUCUACGUUUGUGUUAAUUUUGAUGAUCAUGGCUUAUAGCGAAUGAAAACACAAAAUUCUGAAUCUCAGAAAAUUACAGUGGUAUAUAAGACCAAAAGAAAGGAUUUUUUAAUAUAGAAAUGUUAUGUUUGGCCAACACAACUUUGGGGAAGACUGCUGACUUGACAAUUUUCUGUCAGACAGUAACUGACACCCUUUACAAUGAGGGUGCGCCACAAAAGAAUCUGGUUGCUCACAGAGUUCUGAAUCCAAGCAUAAUAAUGGAAAGUUGAGUGAAAGGAAAAAAUAUAGUCUACCAGGAUAAUUCAAAACACUUUAUGUUUCCCCUUUGCUGACAAGCUUUAUGAUCCUGAUUUCUUUUUCUGGCAGGACAUGGCACCUCCCCACACUGCCAAAAGUAGUACCGCUGUGUUUUACUGGCCAGGAAACUCACACUGACCAUAAGGUGUGCUUCAGAGGAAUAUGAGAGAAUGUAGAUCUAAUAAUGCAGAUGAGCUAAAUGGCUGCUGGUAAAGCAACUUGGGCUUCCUCAAAACUCUCAGCCUCAGUCAUGCAGUAAUUCAUGCAACAAGAGCCCUGACUAAAUAUUGUGUGCAUGUUGUACAGUACAUAAAAUAUUUUUCCUUUAUAUCAUAUAAUCUAAUUUUCAGAGAGAAUGAAUUUUAGAAUUCCAUCACCUGUAAGCCAUAAUAAUCAAAAUGACCAGAAAUAAAUGCUAGAAUUAUUCCACUCUUUGUGUAAUUUUUAUGAGUUCCAUUUUUUUAAUUACUUAAACAGACCCACUUUUUGAUGAUUUCCAAAUUUGUUGAGAUGCACCUGUACAUGUCCUGUUUUUGUUUGCAUAUCGUCACCUUCCUAAAAUAAUGGCCUGUGUCAUUUUUUGUCAACAAUGUUUUUUUUGUUUUUUUUACCUAAACCAUCUCCUCACGAUGCUGGCCACCUCUUGUAAAAUUGUCUAAAGCCAUGCAUAAGUCCAUGCCUGUUGUAUAAUGGCCGAUGUCAAGAGUGUGACACAGGCAGUUUCACAGCCUUUUCAAAAUGGGGACUGCUUCAGGAAAAAAACUAAAUCUGCUCAGCCACUGAAGCUAUUUCCAUAGUUCAGGGCUCAUCCCCUAUUGGUAAGGGAUAAGGAUUACCACAAUAUAAGCCAGGCAUUAAAUAUUGCAUAGAUAUUUAGUAUUUUAAUUCUGUCUUUCAGUCCGCAUUUUUGUCCACAAAGUAGUAGAUGUGUUUCCUAAAAAACUUGAAAAAAUGACUUAUGCCAUUAUUUUAGGAAGGUGACGAUAUGAGUUUAUGUAAAAGAUGGAGAUGGGGACAGAAAAUCAGCAUCCCAUAAACAGACAACCAAUCGUGGUGUUUCAUACCCCCCUGUGGUGAUUAGCCCAUCCUCGUCAGGUUUUCAGCCAUUUUCAUCACAAGUGCACGUGUGCCAACAGCCCCUGUCUUCAUCCAGCCCAAAUGUGCUCAAGAAACCUCAUCUUCAUCUCUGUGGCUUCAUUUUAAAUCUCAUGGUGUAAUUCUUUCUUGUUGUCCUUGUUAAUGUUUGAUCGUCGCUCCACAUUGUAAUUAAUCAGAUCCGACCUUCUUAAAUCACUGUGCUGUAACGGGGGGAAAAAAACCCAUCUGUGUAAGUGUACAUGACAACCUUUUGUCAUGUUUUCACCUUUGAACUGCACCCUUUUAGGUAAAAAAAAACCAUUGUGCAUGAAGAUCCAGCGGUGCUCCCAGACUUUUUGUGUGUAUAAUAUCCCUUGUGACUGUACAUUGCUGUACCUAAAACUAUUAGUGGCUACGUUAUGGUACUGUGUGUCUGUCCAGGCCUGCUCACACACACACACACACACACACACACACACACAAUCUAUCCAUAUGCACUGUCACUGGCCGUGUACUGAGUGUAUUGUGUAUUUUAACCCCAACCCUGUGACAAUGCAAACAGAAUAUCUAAAACAAUCCUGCAGGCUAUUUGGAUGUUUUUUUUUUGUUGUUUUUUUUAUAUUCUAUAUGUAUGUUUAAUCUGAUCAGCUUUAAAGGAGCUCUGUUUUUUUCUGUCUGAAAGAUUGCAUCUUCAAGGUCCAAAUUUCUCCCAAAAAUUUGUUUUGUUUUACCUUAUUGUAAGUGAGAAUGUGCAUAAUGAGGCCUGAAGACGAGCGUUCGAUCUCCACACAGAAUUUGUGUAUUUUCGUCAUAUUCUGUAUCGUUUUAAGUUAUUCUUUUCCAAUGUUUAUUUGUACGACCAGUUUGAUUGGGUGUAUGCAGUUGUAAUUCAGUACAGGCAAUGACAAAAAAGCUUCCCAAUUUGAGUUCAAGUUACCUUCCAGAAUCCAAUGUGUUUAAGACGAUGCACUGCCGCGCUGGGAGGUUUUACACCCCUGCACAGUGUGUGAUGAUACAUGUAAACGCUCACAGAAUCACUUCUCAUAAUUUUGCGACCCGAUUUGUACUUUCUGAUGGCAGAUGUUGCAAUUGAAGCGGAGCAAUCUUAAAGAGAGGAUGGUUGAUAUUGUAAAAUGAACUCUGAGGAGGAUUCUCCUUACAGGGAGGAUUUUUGGGUGGGGCUUGUGGAUGUAAGGGAUAUUUGUAUAUAAUGUAAAUGACAAAAUAGAGACACAUUAACAGAAAUGUAUUCAUUUUUCUCCAGUGGGAGUGUGCAUAGUGUAUUUAGAAUUUGUAAAGCUUGCAUCCUCCUGUCAGACGUUGCAUUGGGAAAACCAGUCUGUGUUUGAUUGCCUCUGUGCAGACCUCCCCAACCAUGCCUGUUCAUUCAAUGUAAGAUACUUAAAACCACCUUCCUCACAGAGUUCAGGAACAGAAAAAAAAAGAGGUAUUUGCUUUGCAUAAUGUUAAACCUCUGUGUUUUUCACUCUUAUCUGUGUACAUUUUAAAGGUGCUACAAAAUGAUUAAAAAGCUUUUGAGAUAUAACCGAGCCUCGGGUGGCUCCCGAUUGUGGCAUCCAAAAAUUUACAGUUUGUAGAAACAAAAUUUUGUCAAAUUUGUAACUUUUCUGAAAUUUGGCAAAUGUGCUGUAAAGGUACAAUCUGAAGCGAUUGGCACAAGUGGCAAUUGUCUUAUUUGGUUUUUUUGUACAUUCUGUGUACAAUCAUUUCAUAUUCUAAACUGGUCAGAUGAACAUUGUGAUUUUUAGUCUUGCAAAUCUGUAUGUAGUUAGAUGAUGUGACAUCCUAAUAUUUAUCUAAUAAAUAUGUAUUCAGAUGAAA